UUCACGGGUUUUGGAUUUUAGUUUUUAACACAGCAGUCGCCAGUCGACAUUAUUGUUUUUUCUACCUUUUAAUUACCUAUCAGUAGAAUAUUUUGAGAUUUAAAAUAGUUGUUUUGUUUAAUUUUUAUAAUUAUAUCACAAUAAAAAUCUAAAUAGUCUUCCCAUUACAACCCAUAAACAUGAAUGUUGCAAGAAAACAAUUAAACACCAUAAAAAUUUUUCAUGCAAAGCUAUUAGAUACGUUAAAACGACUUCAAAAUGAUCUUGCCAAUAACUACAAUCAAGAUAUUGAACGUCUUAAAUUCGAACAAGAAUCAUUGAAAGCUCAAGUUGAAGCAGAAUUAGCAAAACUUAAAAAGCAAAAGAUUCAAACCGGAAAUGACAUUGAAAUAGAAGUAAAGAGUUAUAUUGAUAAUGUUAAGAAAGAAGACACUUCAACUGUGAAAACAAUUGAAAAUGAUAAAUGCAGUGAUAAUAUUGAUGUUAAGAAGAACAAUCAAACUUUUAAAACUGAAAAGAAACAAAAAAAAAAUAAUCCAGCUGUUCCUGCAAAGACUUCCAUUACCACACCAGUAGAUUUUGGUAGACUAGAUUUACGUGUUGCUAAAAUUUUAAGUGCUUCCAAACAUCCUAAUGCUGAUGCUCUCUAUGUAGAAACUAUAGAUGUGGGGGAAGAAAAACCAAGAAAUGUUGUAAGUGGAUUAGUGAAGUUUGUUCCAUUGGAAGCAAUGUCUAAUCGCAUGGUUGUGUUAUUGUGCAAUUUAAAACCUUCUAAAAUUAGAGGUGUUUUAUCUGAGGCAAUGGUAAUGUGUGCUAGCUCGCCAGAAAAUGUUGAAAUACUGGAACCACCUCCAGGUUCAGUGCCAGGAGAUUAUAUAAACGUAGAUGGAUAUACAAGAUCUCCAGAUAAGGUAUUGAAAGUAUUUGAAGAAAUUGCACAGGAUUUGAAAACAGAUGAAAACUUUCAAGCUACUUAUAAAGGCAUUCCUUGGACUGUAGCUGAUAAAGGAGCUGUUUUGGCAAAAUCUUUAAAAAAUAUUAAAAUUAAAUAAUUAAAUAUUUCCUCAACAUAAAAACAAAGCAAUAAUAUAAUAUAUUUAUUUUACAUUGCAUCAUUAUAACUAAUAUAUUUAGUAUUGUAUUUGUUUUUGUUGAAUAAAUGUAUCAAUCACAUUA